AUGGGCGCGUCUGCCACGCGCUUCAUUCGUCGCGUAGCAUCCGCACCAAAUGCGAAGCAUCUCUUUUCUUCCGGUAGUCGGUCAUCAGCACCUACGAAGAAUGGUCUAUUAGCACCUGCAGAUAUGGUUCCACCAGUACCUGGUGCACCCUCUACGUCAUCUGACCACGGUGAUGACUCAUUGGAGACUCUGUCGUCUGGUUCUUCAAGAGGGAGAUCUAAUCGGAACGAACGGUAUCCUGGUAACUCACACCUGUCCAAGACUAGAAUUGUGAAUGGAGCGCAUGAUAGUCCAGGGAAAAUGGCUUUCAGACGGACAUAUUCCAGUAAUUCAAUCAAAGUUCGACAGGUCGAGGUCGGCCCAUCAAGCUUCUUGAAAAUUAAAAUGCUUGGAAAGGGCGACGUCGGACGUGUGUACCUUGUGCGAGAAAAGAAGACUGACAAGCUUUUUGCUAUGAAAGUCCUAUCCAAAAAGGAGAUGAUUGAACGAAAAAAGAUCAAACGUGCUUUGACCGAGCAAGAAAUUCUAGCUACUUCAAAUCACCCGUUCAUCGUCACACUUUAUCACUCCUUCCAGUCGGAAGAGUACCUCUACUUCUGCAUGGAGUACUGCAUGGGUGGCGAGUUUUUUCGCGCGUUACAGACUCGUCCGGGCAAAUGCCUCCCGGAAGAUGGCUCACGAUUUUAUGCGGCGGAGGUUGUGGCGGCCUUGGAGUAUCUUCACUUAAAUGGCUUCAUAUACCGCGAUCUCAAGCCAGAAAAUAUUCUCCUCCAUCACUCCGGCCACAUCAUGCUGUCUGAUUUCGAUCUCGCUAAACAAUCUGGACAUCCUGGGGGCCGUCCUGCGACGAUUCACCAGCUAGGACCAAACGGGAUACCUAUGAUUGAUACGAUGUCAUGCACAGCAGAUUUUCGGACGAACUCGUUUGUCGGUACCGAGGAAUACAUCGCGCCAGAAGUAAUAGCUGCACAGGGUCACACCGCUGCGGUGGAUUGGUGGACGCUUGGUAUCUUGAUAUACGAAAUGAUUUUCGCCACCACGCCCUUCAAGGGAAAAGAGAGGAACGAUACUUUUUCCAACAUCCGGUCUUUGCCAGUUCAUUUCCGGGACGCUCCUAAAAUUACGAGCGCUUGCAAGGAUAUUGUCAUUCGGUUGCUUGACAAAGAUGAACGAACUAGGUUUGGUAGCAGGAGUGGAGCCAGUGAAGUUAAGCAGCAUAAAUGGUUUGCCAAAAUGAACUGGGGUUUGUUGCGUCACCAGCGACCACCGAUCAUUCCGUCGUCCUCGAACGGUCUUGAUGCGGUGAACUUUCGGCACCUAAAGGAGUCACGUUCGCUUCACCUAGAGGAGCAAAUGCGGGGCGUAGCAGGAACAAGCGUACCGGCGGGCCCUGGGACACCCGGAUACGAUGACGGUAUGGAUGCUCCAGCAGAUGGAGAUCUGUUUGGCGCGUUCAACAGCGUCACGCUACACUAUGAUGGGGAAAGCUGA